UCUGACUUCAUUUCAACUUGAACAGUAUAAUGGCUGACCGGAACUGUGAAAUACCAAGUCGCACGUGGGAGCACCGGAAAGCCGUCCGUGGGGAGAGCAGGCGCGAGCAGCAAUUCUAUCAAUAUUAUGGUCCCUUCCAACGGAUGACCGAUUACGGACCUACAUUUUGCGAUGUUAGAGUCGCAGAAUCCAGAGAGAAACACAAAGCAGUCACAUGUCCCGAUAAAAUUCUCACAGCCUUCUGCCAGUUGGGUGCUUUGAGAAUGAACGCUCGCCGGUGUCUAAUCUUCUUCUUCGAUGUCAACCAUGCCUAUAUAAUGGCAGAAGCAACCAAGACGUUGUCCCUGGAAAAUGACGCAACGCAUGAACCAGGGGAUGAGCUUUGGAUGGGUCACUCAGUGAUUCCUCGCGAUGUUGCUUGUUGCGAAACUACUGUCAAUCUCCCCUCGUUCCCUACUCCCACUGCCGCAGAUGGCGAUAUGAACAAGAGCGUUUUCAUUGUGAAGGAUUUGACUAAGCAUCCGGACUUAUCUACGAGACCCUAUGUCACUGAAUACCCUAAUGGUCGGUUCUAUGCUGGUGUCCCCAUCACCACACCAUCUGGCGUCAACAUUGGGGCGUACUGCAUCCUCGACGAUAAAGUCCGUGACGGCGUUUCAAAGGAGGACCUUGUUUUCUUAGGCGACAUGUCCCAGACUGUUAUGAAUCACCUCGAAACUGUGCGUGAUCUUUUUGAACGGCAGCAAAGCAAUCGCAUGGUAGCCGGGCUGGGAGACUUUGUAAGACCUGCUCUGAAAUCGGAUCGCAAAGCACCACCCGCAACAAAUAUGCUUUUGAACGAAAAUGGAAUGGGGAAUCGAGUGUCUCAGUCUUCCCAAUUUCUUCUACCAGAUUCGCUGAUCGACAGAAAGAAAACGCCUACCUCAGUGUUACCAGAAAGGAUAGGUAAUGAUUACUUAACCACCCCAAAUCCACUUGAUGGACAGGCCGGCCUUCCCCAGACAUCUAUAGUGGGCUCCUCUCUCGAGACGCCCCCAAAAGAUUUUUUCAAGACCGUUUCCGCGAAUGAUUGGGACAACAAGUUCCUGAAUCGACAAAUGCGAACGGAUACUUGGGAUGCACCAGAGUCUAUGGCGUUUCAGAUGGAAGAAGAUCACACAACCCGCCCGCCGCCUCGCUCAGAAGGCGAUGCCAAUAAUGUAAAUAGUACAUUUCAACGCGCCGCCGAAAACCUCUGUCAAUCUCUGGAUGUAGAUGGGGUUGUCUUCCUCGAUGCUUCUGUCCAAGUAUUCGGUGGGCUGGCCAAAGCUCAGGACGUUGAAUCCACCGAAGGGAGCACCGCUGAUAGCGAUGACUCGGUAGAUUCCCAUUCGCACUCAGACUCUGCAACAGAUAAAUCACAUUACGAGUACGCAAGGACCUGUCGGGUACUAGGCUGCGCACAAAUGCUGCAGGAGGGCCGAAGCGAUAGGGGUCUCCCCAAAGAUCGGCCUCCUCAAAAGUUGACCGAAUCAUUUUUGCGUCAGCUCAUGCGUAGAAAUCCGAACGGCAGGAUCUGGACAUUUGAUGAGAAUCUCAAAAUCCACAUGGAAGACGGUUCCUCCUCGGAUGACUCUGGUGGCAACGAAACAGUCAUAGAAGUGUCAACACCGCGCACUCAAAAACGCAGGACGAUCGGCAGAGAUCAACGCAGUGAUGGAGAGAUCUUACAGUCUGCAUUCCCUGGAUCCCGAUGUAUAGCACUCCAUGGUAUCUGGGACCACAUGAGAAAACGAUGGUCGGUUGCAGGUCUGUACUGGACUUUCGAUCCGCUCAGACACAUUAGAGAGAGCGAAAUGCACUUCGUUGCAGCUUUCUGUGACGUGGUUGUUGCAGAAACUAAGCGCUUAGAAGUACUGGGUUCCGACAAAGCAAAAUCGGACUUCAUCUCAAGCAUAUCUCAUGAGCUCCGUUCUCCGCUACACGGCAUCCUUGGCUCAUGCGAGAUGUUAUCAGAAUAUGGGCUUGAUAACACAGCUUCGACCCUCGUUGAACAAAUCGAUGCAUGCGGACACACGUUACUUGAAAUCAUCGAUCAUCUUCUUGAUCUUGCAGAGGUCAAGAGCCAGCGGCUAACUAAGGGUGCUGUGAGAAGUUCAAGAAUCGGUCAGCAUCUUCAACCUACUGGGAAUUCCCCUGUUGAAGGUACACAAGCUUUGAACGCGAGCAUUGCAUUGGAUGAUUUGACUGAAGACGCUGUCGUCUCUUCCGUAUACUCAUUCUACUACAACCAAGGCGCCGAUGAACGAUCUAGUACGCCGGUUAUUCUUGACAUCGAUCGAUCUACUGGUGAAUCCUGGGGCUGUAGCUUAGCAUCUGGUGGGUGGAAACGUAUUUGCAUCAACCUAGUCACAAAUGCACUCAAGUACACACCUUCUGGUUUCAUCCGGGUUUCCUUGAAGCAGAAAUCUAAACCAGGGCCGCGCCGGCGGUUCGAUGCCGUGUUGACUGUGUUAGACAGCGGAAAGGGUAUGUCCAAAGAGUUCCAGAGUAAUCAUCUUUUCCACGAUUUCUCCCAAGAAGACACGCUAUCGAAUGGCUUAGGUCUUGGUAUGCACAUGGUAUCUCGCAUGGUACACGCGAUGGGGGGUGAGAUCGAAGUCACAAGCGAUCAGAAUGGCACAGGCACUCGUGUCACUGUGCGAGUGCCACUAGAAAACCAUCAGAUCAGCCAGAAUCGAAGCGACUCCGAAGAAAUUGCGGUUCAGAAAGUCUUCGAAGGCCUGACGGUUGGCAUCGUGAAAGGAACAAGCAGUUCUCCAGUCAACCGUGAAGACUUUUUAAAAUCUACAGCGUCUGCAAUGGCGGUCACUUCUAUUGAGAAUAACAUCAAAUUUCUAGGUGCAUCCUUGGAACAUUUUGAAUGGGAAAGCAGCAGCUCUCACGACCUCAAUAUUGUUAUGGAGGCUGGAUUAGCGGAAUGCCUUUCGGCCAUUGAAAAUAGUCGGACUGCAAACGAAAAGGUGGCAACCAAAGGCAGCCAUCAUCCGCCGAUUCUUGUCAUAUGCAGAAACAGCCGAAGUGCACAAAUACUCCGGGACAUUUGGAUGAUGAACGAUCUCAGAUUUCAUGUAACCAUGGAGCAUAUUCAUCUGCCUUGCGGAAUUAGGCAGAUAACUCGAGCGAUUUUUUCAGUUUUGCGUCUGCAUAAAAAACGCACAACUAUAGGCCCCGCCAUAUCAGCACUUCGUAAGAACGAUUCGUCUCGGGAACGCAGUGUUGCACCGCACAACAUCGAGGCUCACAGCCGGUCUCAAUCGAAGUUGUCCACCACACCAUCCGUUACCAAACGACUGGUUUUGAAUCAGAAAGAGGCUGACCCUGUACCUUCUCUCAUACAUGACACAUACAUAUCUUCAAAUGAGCAACGAAGGUCACUGUCAAAACCCGACUUAAUCUCGCAAGGGCGUACGUCGACAUAUCCUCUAGCCCAUUCAGACGCAGAACCGCCACACGGACAGACAAAAGACGCCCAUCCUUCGCCAACCAUACCGACUAUACAUACUAAUACGUCUAGAUCUAAAAGGCCAACGCUCCUCCUCGUUGAUGAUAACGAUAUCAAUCUCAGGCUGCUCACCGCCUUCGCCAAGAACCACGAAUACCCCUACAUGACUGCUUUAAACGGCCAGCUCGCCGUCAACUCUUUCGAAAAUGCACACAGAAAUCACAUCUCCCAAAGCAAUUCCGAGGAUGGGAACGGCAAAAAUGCUGGGAUGGGCAUACCCAGCGUGAUCCUCAUGGACAUCAAUAUGCCCGUCAUGGAUGGUUACGAAGCAGUGCAGCGUAUCCGGGCGUACGAGAAAAAGAAUCGCUUGAAAGCCUCCAAGAUUAUCGCCGUGACUGCCUUGCAGUCCGAAGCUGCGCAUGUUGAAGCGUUUGGGAGCGGGUUCGACAUGUUUUUGAGUAAGCCGUUGAAGUUGAAGGAUUUGGCACGACUGAUUGACGUUACGUGA